AUGCCUGAUUCUGGGUAUGUGAACGACGUUUUUCUAAAAUGGUUCGAACACUUUCAGAAGCACCGCUCACUUGGAAAGUGUAUUCUGAUUUUGGAUGGCCAUAGCUAUCAUUGUUCUCUCCAGUGUCUGGAGCAUUGUCGUCAGAACGGCAUAGAGAAGCUUUGCCUUCCACCUCACACCACACAUGCCCUUCAGCCUCUGGAGAGAUCAGUAUUCCAAUCGUUGGAAGUUUUCUACCAUCAUGCUGCAACAAAUUACAUCCAUUCGACACCAGGAAGUGCAGUCUACAAGUUUAACUUCAGAGAACUGUUUUCCACAGCUUAUAAUAAAGCUGCUACCAUUGGAUAUAGUGUUAAAGAAUUUAAAUGUACUGGAUUGUUCUCUUUAAAUUUGUUGGUUAUUUCCGUAGACAAAUUUCUCCCCUCAGUUCAUUACCAGGCAGACAUUUCCAACGUGCCAUCGUGUCUCCUUCCGGAGAUUCCUACAUAUUCCCAGUUGUGGCCUAAGCCCCUUUGCUAG